AUGAAGAUGAUUGGUUUUGGAGGCUUUCAUGGCUCACCAAAACCAGUUCGGAUCGUUGUGGUUGGUGAGAAGGGAACCGGGAAAACAAGUUUGAUCAUGGCUGCAUCAAAUGAAUAUUCUCAACCUCAUCAAAACAUCCCUCCUGUGUUACGAUACACUACUUUCCCUUCGGAAUGGUUCUCUGACCCUGUUCCUGCCACAAUCAUCGACACUUCUUCAAAACCGGAAGAUAGAGAAAAGGUCGUUAAGGAAGUGAAAGAAGCAGAUGCAAUUGUUUUGACGUUUAUAGUGGAUAGACCAGAGACUUUGGAGCGUUUGGGUGAAUAUUGGCUUCCUCUGUUUCGACAACUAGAGGUGAGAGUCCCUAUCAUAGUGGUAGGUUGCAGCAUUAUCAACAAUGAGUAUCAUAAUCAAAGCGGCAUUGAAAUAAUAACAACAUCUAUAAGGGAACAAUAUAGAGAGAUCGAGACAUGUUUCGACUGGUCUGCUCAUGCUCGAGGGGUGUUUUGGUAUGCACAACAAGCUGUUAUUAACCCUAUAGAACCAAUAUAUGAUCGAGAAACCAGUUCAUUGAAGCCUCGUUGUGUUGCUGCGUUAACACAUGUAUAUGUACUCGCUACACGUGACCAUGAUUACAAUCUCAAUGAAGCCGGGUUAAACAAUAUUCAGGCUCGAUGCUGCUAUGAACCAUUGACACCUUCUGAAAGUAGAGGACUAAUAGAAUUUGUGCAAGAACGGUAUCCACUAGGAGUUGAUGAAAACGGAAUCACAAUAGAUGGAUUCUUGUUUAUGAACUCCUACCUUGUGGAACAAGGAAGGACCAGAAAGGUAUGGAUUCUACUAAGGAAAUUUGGGUAUAACGAUGAGUUAAGACUCGCAGAUGACGUGAUUCCUUACUCAACAUUCAAACGUGUUCCUGAUCAGAGUGUUGAGCUGACAGAUGAAGCUAUUAGUUUCUUAAGGAAAGUCUAUACGAAUUUGGAUCAAUACGGUGGUAAUAACUUGGGACUUCAAAUGAUUGGAUUUAUCUUUCAAACUUCACCUGAAAAUCCUUGGAACAAUGCUCUUUAUGAAGAUGCAGCAGAGAUAACUGAUGAUGGAGGCUUAUCACUCGAAGCUUUCCUUUCAUUGUGGUCUUUGAUGACACUGAUAGAUCCAGGUAGGAGUGUUGAAUGUUUGAUUUGUAUGUGCUAUACAACUUCAGCAGUUCGUGUCACUAGGAGGAGACUGCUAAACCGCAAGGAACAUAACUCUGAAAGAAGAGUUGUUCAGUGUUUUGUCUUUGGACCCAAGAAUGCUGGAAAAAAUACAUUGCUCAAUGGAUUUAUCGGAAGGCCAUAUGAUGAUGAUAACAACAAUGGAUCAGACGAGGAACGUUAUGCUGUUAAAAUGGUUGACAACUGUGGUGUAACUGGAGACACAAAAAAAACUUUAGUGUUGAAGAAAAUUCAAAUUCGAGAAGAUGGAAUCUUACCAUCAGAUGAAGCAUUGGGUGCUUGUGAUGUAGCUAUCUUUGUUUACGAUUUUUCUGAUGAGUGUUCGUGGAAGAGAGCCAUUAAUUUGCUCGUUGAUGUUGCAACCGCUAGUGAAGACGCUGGUCUAGAGUUUCCUUGCCUAAUGGUUGCAGCGAAAACUGAUCUUGAUUCAUUCCCAGAUGCAAUUCAAGAAGCUACUAAGGCUGCACAAGAUAUAGGGAUUGAAGCUCCAAUACCAAUCAGUUCUAAAAUUGGAGAUUUUGGCAACUUGUUCCAAAAGAUCUUAACCGCGGCCGAGCAUCCUCAUUUAGGUAUACCAAAGACUGAGUCAAAGAAGAAAAGGAAUCGAAAGCUAAUCAAAAGAUCUUUAAUGAUGAUUUCAAUUGGGACAGGGGUUGUGAUCGUUGGGAUGGCUUCAUUUCGUCUCUAUGCUGCAAGAAAACAUAACUAA